CCGAACGGUCGAUUUUCCGGAAUAAUAGUCUUAUCCAAAUCCAGGACAUUGGGAAAUUAUUCAUACCGGUUUUCAUCCACUUCAUACGCCGAGUCGAAGCUGAUUAUCAAUUUAGUUAGAAGAAGUGCCGUUUUGAAUUAUCCGAUCGAGUACGACAAGAUGAGAAGACAGCCUGUGGCCAGUUGACAGGCCGCCCGUUGACAAAUUUGAGUUUACGAGUUUAAAUUGGAUUUACGUUGGAUUAGUUCUCUCGAAGCCAGUUGGCAAGUUCACGGAACAGCGCAUUCCAUUGCGGUUGAUAUCAUUGUGAUAACAGGAGGAGGUAGUGUGAUUACGAAGCGAGUGCAUAUAUAUGAAUGGAAUUAGUUUUGAAUAGUGUUGAAGAAUCAAGAGAAAGGUGAUAAAAUUCAUGAAAUUGGCUGAAUGGGCGGCAUUCGGAUGGUCGCUAUAAACUGAAUCACGCACGCUUGUUCACAUAUGAACGUGGAAGGGAAGGGGGGUGAUUGCUUUCCGAUAGCAUUUCUCACGAGGCUAUAAAAUGAGUGAUGAUAAAUCGAAGGGUAAACAGCUGCAGCAGCAGCUGGAGAAACAAGAGCAAGAGAUUCCAGAACAGCAGCAGCAGCAAUCGAAGCCAAAGAAGAAAAGUACAAUAAUGGAUAAGCUACGUUACUUUAAGAACAAUAUCACGGUGGAGCCCAUAGUGGCCUGCUACAUCAUGCCCAGCGUGCUGGCUGGGCUCGCCACGCAGAAUCUCAACCUGGAGAAAGCUUGUCGCGUGAAUCUCAACUAUGGGGAAGUGGUUUGCGAUGCUCUGACUAGGAGGGACACGGCCAAUUAUACAGUAGAAGAAGCCGUGGUCCAGCAGAUGGUAGCUCGGAUGGCCGGUUGGAAAACCGUGCUGCAGAGUUCCCUGCCCUGUCUGCUGAUCCUGUUCUGGGGCGCGUGGAGUGAUCGCCACGGUCGUCGAAAACCGUGCAUUCUGAUUCCGAUUAUUGGUGAAUUUACUACGGCCAUUGGGCUCAUCCUGUGCACCUACUUCGAGUGGCUUCCCAUGGAGGCGGCAGCCGUUACGGAAGCCCUAUUCCCUGCUCUUACCGGCGGUUGGUUCACGAUGUUUAUGGGUGUCUUCAGCUACAUUGCGGACGUGACAACCACCAAGGAGCGGACGCUGCGCAUCGGUAUCGUUAACCUAUGCUUCUCGCUGGGCGUCCCCAUUGGAAUGGCAUUCAGUGGCGUUCUGCUCAAGAAAAUUGGCUUCUACGGCAUCUUCUCCAUCUCGGCCGUCCUGUACCUGAUAGCGUUCUUCUACGGGGUUUUCUUCCUGCCGGAGGUGGACAUCAUCACUGAGAAGCAACGGCUGAAAGCCAAAGAGAAGAACAUGCUGCUGGAUUUCUUCGACAAGGAACACGUGAUGGAAACCUUCCGGGUGGCAUUCAAGAAGGGCGAACGCCAACGCCGCCUCCGGGUGAUAAUGCUGAUGAUAGUGGUUAUGGUCGUCAUCGGUCCGCUGCAUGGUGAAAUGUCAGUCAUCUAUUUGUUCACGCGAUACCGCUUCAACUGGAGUGAGGUGGAAUUCAGCUUCUUCUCCAGCUACGGCAUGUUGACGGGCCUGAUCGGGACAGUCUUCUCGGUCGGUGUAUUCUCACAUCUGCUGAAGAUAGACGACGCUCUCAUUGGUGUGAUGUCCUGUAUGUCGAAGAUCUUGUCCAGCUUCGUGUACGCAUUCGCAGUGACCCCGUGGCAACUGUAUCUCGCGCCCUUCGUGGAAAUGCUCAACGGCACCUCUUUCAUAUCGAUGCGUUCGAUCGCUACCAAGCUGGUAGCGAGCAACGAGCUCGGUAAGGUGAAUUCUCUGUUCGGUGUAGCCGAAGCGUUGAUGCCACUGGUGUACGCCCCGAUGUAUACUACCGUGUAUGCAGCGACGAUCGACGUGCUGCCGGGCGCGUUCUUUCUGCUGGGUGGUGCUCUGACGUCACCAGCUGUUCUUAUUUUCCUCUGGAUGUACAGUGUUCAUAAGCGGGAAGCCAUGGAGUUGGCCGAAGAAGCACGGCUGCAAGACAAGUACAAACAGCUGCCGGAUGGUGGUGAUAGCAUUAUGAACGGAGCGCCUGUCAGUGUCCCGCGAGUGCCCGAGCUGGAAUCACCGGUUCUGCGGGGAAGAUUUGGUUCGGUUAGAAAAUCGUCUCUGCCCGGUGGAGCGUUCGGUUUGGUUAAUCCCGCGUACGUCCAUGGGGAGGGAGAGGUCAUUCGCGAAUCGAUCGAAAUCAUGAAGGAUCUUCCGGUGUUGCAUGUCGAGCAUUGUCGGCUGUGAUUAUCGGGAUGGAUGACUUUUUUAUGUUCAGCUGGAAGUUGACAAGAUUGAUGGUAUUUUUAGAAUAAUUAAGUAUUUCCAGGCAGGCAUGUGUAUGUAUUUCAAAUAAACCGUUAAUAUAUGAAUGUAUAAUAUAUAAUGGU